AUGACCGUCGGCGCCGAGCUUAGCCGUUUGUCAGCUGUUACUAAGAGAGAUCCGGACAACCCGAUGGUCCGGUGUUCCUUGGUGCGCACCAAAGCUGGUGCACCCACAUGGUUUAGUAUUAAGCUUCAUCACGGUGGGAAAUUUACUAAAUUACCUGAUAUAAAGUUACCCAGACCCACGGAAUUUGAAUUCGCUGAUGAAUCCCCAGUUAUAUACUACCAUUUUAGGAUACCCAAUGGUGACUUUCAAUUUGGUCUUAGAGCUUUAGGGAAUGAUCAGGAUGUGAUCAACCUUUCUAAAUACAUUGCACAUAACAAGCUGAUUGAGGUGUACACAGAGCAUGGAAAGACAAAUUUAUUGACUUACUUCAUGUCACCAAAUGCAAAGGGUAAAGUUGUCAUUGAGGAAUUACCAGAAAAUGAUGAUCAAGGGGCUGAAGUUGAGGGUCAAGUUCAUGCAGAUUCUCCAAUGAAAAAUGUGAACCAUGGUAAUGGUGAGCCUAUUGGUGAGUUCAUGUCUCUGAUUCUUUUUGGGAGUAAGAAUGAUAGUUUCUCACCAGAGUAUAGAAGGGGUAGGGUUGGGAAUUCCAAAAUAGGUGAAAGUUCUUGUAGCAAGAGGCUUAAUUUAGAUUAUAUUGAUGAGGUUGUUCACAUUUCAAAGGAAAAGAAUGAUGAUCUGGAUGGUUCAACUAAUGUUCAGGAGGCAGCAACUUGUGUUCAUAUUGAUGAGAUGGAUGGUGUUAGGGAGGCUGCAAAUGUUGUUCAAGAGGCAUCAACUUUUGAUGAAGAAGGCUACAACACCCCCCUGUUAAUAAUGCUGAUGAACAAUUGA